AUGGCAAUUAUAUUGAUGAGAGUUAUAGAGAUUGUUGCAAUUGCAAUGGUAAUUUCCUUGUUUACACCAAUAACAUUAGCCAUUCGAGAAGAAGAUUAUUAUAAUCGCAACCACGGUGAAAAUUUAGAUGAUUUAGAUUUAUAUGAUUCUUCUUUGUAUUAUACAUUUCCUAAUGAAUAUUAUAAUCAUAAUGAAGCAUCGGCACCUGAGCCGUAUCCUGGACAAGUGGAGGAAUGUUUGCAAAACAUAUCGGAUGAUUGUGGAAUAAUCAUAUUUAACAGAAUUUUGGAUAGUGGAAAGUAUAGUGAUGUGGAAGAGUGUUGCGCUCAACUUCUCGCACUGGGAAUAAAAUGUCAUAAUGCAAUUAUGGAAUCUACUCUUCUCAGUCCUGAGAUGAAAGGAGUGAAUACAACUGAAAUUUGGAAAAAUAGUGAUAAACUUUGGGAAGAAUGUACUUCUAUUUCGCCGUCUAGUUAA